GCUGCUCGGAGAGAGCUGGAGCGGCAGCGACAGAUGGAGUGGGAAAAGCAAAGAAAAGAACAACUAAUGGUUGAGAAGCAAAGGGAGUAUGAGCAACUGGGAAUGAUGAAGUCGCACUUAGCCAAUUUGCAGAAUGAACUAGAGUCUCUGAAUGCCAAGAAGGCAGAGCUAGCUCUGAAGAUUGCCCAGGUUCAGAAAGGUGUUGCAGACGUCACCAGCAGCAUUGAUAUGAUGAGAGUGUCUCGGGAUAGAACAUUAGCAGAUAUACAUCUGCUUGAGAGACAGACAGUGGAAUUGAAUAAAAAGCUGGCAUCUCUUGGUGGUGAAAAAGAUGUAUAUGGUGUUCAAGUGCAAACAGCACAAGCAGCUCCACUGUCUGACACACAUCGUACAGUUGUAAGCAGCAUUGAGGCAAAGAAAGCCAGUAUUCAGAAAAUGAAGAAGGAGAUAGAGCAACUGGAGAGUGAUACUGAAGCUCGACUUGGUGAAAUUGACUGCAGCAAUGCCGAACUGAAGAAUUUGAAAGAUGAUCUAGCAAGGCUAGAGCGAGAACUGCCUCUUUUUAAAAAACAACAGGAUGAGAAGAUUGCACUUCAGAAGAAGAUUGCACGAGAAAUGCAGCAGAAACAACAAGCUGAUAAAGAACAACAAGAAAAGCUUAGACAGGAGAUAGCACAGUUGCACAAAAAGGAGAAAGCUGUCUCUGUGCCGAAAGUUUCUAAACCCCCGCCCACCA